UUGACAUUUCGCAUUCGGUUUGGCUUGUUUGUGGCACUGGUGGCAACCUCUCAUUUUGUGCGUCGAUUUAUAUAAACAAUCAAGGAAUAAAUUCAGUGGUAAUGUAAUCCGAAAACACACAUCUUCAUCAAAAUGUCCGGCUCAAUUGAAAUCCCCUUGCGGGAUACUGAUGAGGUGAUUGAGUUAUGUCUGGACCAGCUACCGGACGGCGAGGAAGUAUGGAGUAUAUUACGACAAGAACACUCGCCUUUAAGUCUCUGGGUGAAUCUUGCAUUGGAAUACUACAAACAAAACAAGAUAGAAGAUUUUAUAAAGAUCUUGGAGUUUUCAAGAGUUGAUGCCAAUGUUGUUUACAAGGACUAUGAAAAAGAUCAGAUGCGAGCACUUGAUAUGCUUGCUGCAUAUUAUGUGCAGGAAGCAAAUCGAGAGAAGAAUAAGGAUAGGAAAAGGGAACUUUUUACCAAGGCUACACUUUUAUACACCACUGCUGAUAAGAUUAUUAUGUAUGACCAGAAUCAUUUACUGGGUAGAGCAUACUUCUGUCUGCUUGAAGGUGACAAAAUGGACCAGGCUGAUGCCCAAUUCAACUUUGUAUUGAACCAGAGUCCAAAUAACAUCCCAUCUCUCCUUGGUAAAGCCUGCAUUGCCUACAAUAAAAAAGACUACCGCGGCGCGCUUGCUUUCUACAAGAAAGCCCUGCGCACGAAUCCAAAUUGCCCCGCAGCAGUACGCCUCGGCAUGGGUCACUGUUUCAUGAAGCUCAACAAUCAAGAAAAAGCUCGCCUGGCCUUCGAACGUGCUCUGCAACUAGAUCCACAAUGCGUUGGGGCACUGGUAGGUCUCGCCAUUCUGAAAUUGAAUCUUCAACAACCAGAAAGCAUCCGAACCGGCGUCAACAUGCUUUCCAAAGCAUACACAAUCGACAGUUCUAAUCCAAUGGUCCUAAAUCAUCUCGCCAAUCACUUCUUCUUCAAGAAGGAUUAUCAACGCGUGCAACAUUUAGCUCUGCAUGCUUUCCACAACACUGAAAACGAAGCAAUGCGCGCGGAAAGUUGUUAUCAGCUCGCAAGAGCUUUCCACGUUCAGAACGACUAUGAUCAAGCCUUCCAAUACUAUUAUCAAGCCACUCAAUUUGCGCCGGUGCAGUUUGUCUUGCCCCAUUUCGGUUUAGGUCAGAUGUAUAUCUACAGAGGAGAUGCAGAGAAUGCGGCGCAAUGUUUCGAAAAGGUUCUCAAAGCGCAACCCGGGAAUUAUGAAACAAUGAAAAUUCUGGGUUCACUUUACGCGACUUCAACAUCUCAAUCGAAACGCGAUAUCGCCAGGAGUCAUCUGAAGAAAGUCACUGAACAGUUCCCCGAUGAUAUUGAAGCAUGGAUUGAACUCGCUCAAAUAUUGGAACAAUCCGAUCUUCAAGGUUCUCUCAGCGCUUAUGGUACAGCUAUAAAGAUCUUAAAGAAAGACGUGCAAGCAGAAAUCCCUACGGAAAUUCUGAAUAACGUUGGAGCUCUACAUUACCGACUUGGGAACAUGCCGGAAGCUCAUAGGCAUCUAGAAGAAGCUCUUCAACGUGCCCGAGCUGAAGCCGAGCACGAUCCACAAUAUUACAACUCAAUUUCGGUUACAACAACGUAUAACUUGGCUAGAUUGAAUGAGGCGGUUUGUCUCUUUGAUAAAUCCGAAAAGUUGUACAAGGAUAUUAUCAAGGAACAUCCUAAUUAUGUGGAUUGUUACUUAAGGCUUGGUUGUAUGGCUAGGGAUAAAGGUCAGAUCUACGAAGCUUCGGAUUGGUUCAAGGAAGCUUUGAAGAUCAACACGGAACAUCCAGAUGCUUGGUCACUACUGGGCAAUCUCCAUCUGGCGAAAAACGAAUGGGGACCCGGGCAGAAAAAGUUCGAACGUGUUUUGAAGAAUCCAGCAACCUCACAAGAUUCUUAUUCACUUAUUGCUUUGGGUAAUGUUUGGUUACAGACACUGCAUCAAUCAAGUAAGGAUAAAGAACGUGAGAAGCGACAUCAAGAACGAGCACUUUCCAUGUUUAAACAAGUCCUAAAGUUGGAUCCGAAAAAUAUUUGGGCAGCAAAUGGUGUUGGCGCUGUUUUGGCACACAAAGGUACCGUGAAUGAAGCUAGGGAUAUUUUCGCGCAGGUGAGGGAAGCGACAGCCGACUUUUGCGAUGUCUGGUUGAACAUUGCACACAUCUACGUGGAGCAGAAGCAGUUUGUCAGCGCUAUCCAGAUGUACGAUAAUUGUCUCCGGAAGUUUUUUAAGUAUAACAAUGUGGAGGUGAUGCAAUAUCUUGCUAGAGCGUAUUUUAAAGCUAACAAGAUGAAGGAGGCUAAAAUGGUGUUGUUGAGAGCACGACGGGUUGCUCCCCAUGAUACUGUUUUGCUUUACAACAUUGCUUUGGUUUUACAACGCCUGGCAACGCAGAUAUUAAAGGAUGAGAAGUCCACUUUGACGACCGUUCUUCAAGCUGUGCAUGAAUUGGGAUUAUCACAUAAAUAUUUUACUUAUUUAUCCGAACAUGGCGAUAGAAUGCGAUAUGAUGUUACGCUAGCUGGAUUGGAAGCCAGGCAGUGUCAAGAUUUGUUAUCUCAGGCACAAUACCACGUCGCUCGGGCGAGGAGAGUCGAUGAAGAGGAACGACAACUGCGUAAGAAGCAAGCGGAUGAGAGGGUUGCAUUCAAACAACGCCAGUUGGACGAACAACGCAGGAUGGUCGAAGAAAAACGUGUCACUGAAGAGCAAAUGCUACAAAAACGACAGGAAUAUAAAGAAAAGACUAAGAAUGCAUUGGUUUUCAAUGAUAUGCCAUCAGAGAAGCCUUCAAAGAGCAAAGGUCGCAGCAGGAAGGAUCAAUAUGUGAGUGACUCUGGUUCAGAUGUAGAAAACCGCGGAGAUCGCGAAGCCAGACCACAGAAGAAACGAAAGAGAAGCGCUGAUAAAAAGAGCGGCGGUGGACGCAGGAGAAACAAAGGCCGAUCAGAUUCAGACUCGGAUAGACCCAAAGGUAAAAAGAAGAAAGGGCGAGAUAGUAAGGACGAUGGACUUAGUGCCAAACAGAAAAGUAGAAUCGUCUCCAAGGCGACGAUUUCCACUAGCGAGGAUGAUAGCGACGACAAUAAACUCAAAAUUGCCAGCGGAGAUGAAAGCGGUGGCAGUGGCGGUGAAGGUGGUGGGGGUAAAAGACGCCGGCGGAUUUCAUCUGGCUCCAGCCGGUCCAGAUCUAGCUCGAGGAGCAAGAGCAGGAGUCGAUCAAGAUCGAAAUCUCGAUCUAAAAGUCGAUCUCGCUCUAAAUCUGGUAGUCGUUCACGUAGCAGGUCUAGGUCCCGAUCCAGGUCACGUUCAAGAUCUAAAUCUGGAAGCAGAUCACGCUCGAGAUCUAGAUCUAAGUCUCGUUCCAGGUCUGGAUCAAGAUCACGCUCCAGAUCCAAGUCUGGUAGUCGUUCGAGGAGUAGAUCCAAAAGUGGAUCACGAAGUCGCUCUGGUUCAAGAGCUAGAUCUAAAUCUAGAUCCCGCUCAAGGUCACGAUCACGGUCAAAGUCUGAAUAGACUGUUUUAAGUUAAUUACUAUGAUGUUAUUUCAUUUACUUUCUUGUAUGUAUAUUUUUUUUAGAAAAGGAACACAAUUCAAAACUUGUACGUGUUUAAAGAUACAUAGAAUAGUUUAAGUACUGUAUCUCUUAUCGAUUAAAAGUUGUCAACCGAG